CUUAGACACGUGCUGCCUGUGUGUGACAGUCUGUGGUCCACCCCAAAAUCCAAUCUCUUUUAAAAUGUCUACCGAUGCUGAUAAAGAGAAUGAAGAAGUUGUCGAGAGUCCUGAGAUUGAUUUCAAGCCUCUAGUCAAUCUUCCAUUGAUGAAGCUAAACACACUGGAAGACAACGAAGAAGAGAUUCUUAAAUUACGUGCAAAGUUAUUCAGAUUUGAGUCGGCUAAUGAACCCCCAGAGUGGAAAGAGAGAGGGAUUGGUGAUAUUAAGCUAAUGAAAAACAAAGCAACUCAGAACGUUCGUCUAAUCAUGAGAAGAGAUAAAACUCACAAAAUCUGUGCCAAUCAUCUUUUGACGAAGGAGAUGUCCCUGAUCCCAUGUGCAGGCAGUGACAAAGCUUGGGUCUACACUGUGUUGGCUGAUUUCGCCGACGAAGAGCCAAAGAAAGAACAGCUGGCAAUUCGAUUCAAAAAUGCCGAAAUUGCAAGACAGUUUAAAGAUGUUUUUGAGACUGCCCAGGAGAACAUUCCAUCAUCUGCUAAUACAACAAUGACCAACGAUGACCCAACGACUAAUCUUACCAGCGAUCUUGAAAAACUGGACGUAGGUACAAAAGACGAUGGUAAUGGAACACAGGCUGGCGACAAUAAGAGUACAGAUGAGCCCAAGGAUGAAUCACAGGUUGAAGAUGAUGACAAGAAGAAGACAGAAGCUGUUGAGCCUGUUGCCACUAAUGAUGGCGGAAACACUUCUUAAUUAUCGUACUUUCCUUACCUCUCCUCCACAUUAAUGAUGUACUACCUAUUGUUACUUGUCUUCAAACUAUAAAUAA